AUGUUCAAGAAUUAUAAGGAUCUCUGUGAUGUGGUGUCCCUUCUUGUUUACUGUCCCAGCGAGCGAUGUUAUUUGUUCACGAAAGAAGCAAGUGGUGAAACAUGGCUUCCAUCCAGCAAGUGUGAAAAGAAUUGUUGGAAGAUGACCGCUAAUAAGAUUCAUUUUGAGUUAUUCGGUAUAGACGCUGGUACCAACUGCCAUCCUCUUCGGGUCUACAAGAUAUGGCUUCCGAGCCAUUCAUUAAACUGCGUGUACCAUGCAGUCUACAAAGUGGCCAUCAAAAUCGACGUUAAGAAGCGGCUUAAAUACAAACCUGGCAUGAGGAACCGGCUGCAGUGGCUUAACAUAUCAGAACUGGAGCGGCAGAAGGCUCACUUGAACCUUCGCAGUCCAGAACUCAUUGCCUUCGUCCUUAUGAUCAACAGCGAGCUGAAAGAUUCUGACAAAGAUUGGGACGUAGAAUCUGGAUCGUUGAUCGAAAUCUGCGAGGAGAACGUAGUGAUUGGGCAGGACGUGGCUGGUGGCGCAGUGGCCAUGGCUUCCCCUAAUCUACAGCUGCUCCAGACUGCCGGCUACACUCGAGAAGAUCAAAUCAGAAUGUACCGAGAGUUCGUGCUGAUGGUGUAUCCAGCUAUUUACAUGAGCGUUAACAUCUUCUCCCAGUUCAUGAUUGACCUUGGUUGGCAGAGGACACAGUGUCAAAAUCUUUUCAGAGCGGCAGAUGUGACUGGACGUGGAGGAUUGUCAUUUUUAGAGCUAAUGUUGUGGGCAGCUGCCUUGGAGCCAGCUACUCAGCACACAGGUAUGCCAGCUGAAAUCAGGUGCAGAUACAUAUUCAGGUACUUCGAUAGUAACCGCGACCUGAAGCUGGAAUAUGUGGAGUUUAAAGAGCUGGUGGCAGCUGCACGUGCCGCGCGACAACUACCCAUCGAUGCUCUCAGUGUCGCGAGAGAUGCUGAUGUCUGUCUGAGAGAACGUGAAAAAGAAAUGUCACAACCUUCAACGUCGAACAAGAUGAAAAUGCAAACGGGAACAGCUGCCCUGGCGCUGCAGGACUCUGGCACGGCCCGGGCUUCGCCAGGGCGCCGCGCUCCGUGCCCCGACUACAGCGUGGCAGUCUACACCGUGCGUAUGCGACGUCGCCCGCCCAACGAACUGCUAGAACUCAAUAACUUUGACGGCAAGUCACAGGAUGCAGUCAGCCCGUCGACUGCUCACCUCAUGGUGAAUGCGGUGCAUUCGUUCGACGUGUUGGGCCCAAGUUGUGCGCCUGUAGAGGCCCUGGCAGCUGUACACUACUUCGCUUCAAAUGUUGAAAGGCCGCAUAUAACCGGUUUGUACAGUUCAGUAUUACCUAAGUACCUGAUACCUGUAAUGAUAACACAUACUAUAGAACAAAGUAGGAACAUAUUUUUGCAGCGGCGGCCAUCAGGUGGCAGUUCCUUGAACAUGGUGAAGCCGGCCUGGACCUGGACCUCGCCGGCGGAGGAGGCGACGCUUGGCUCUCUCUUACUGCGGCUGGCUGAAGCCGUCCAACCUAUCUGUGCUAACGAGCCGCGAUUGCUGCGCCUGUCCUCGCCAGUGUAUGCCGUCGGUGACCUGCACGGCAACCUGAGCGCGUUGCUGACGAUGGAGGCUGCGCUGUGGCCAUCAGGCCCGGCGCUGGCGGCCGCGCGCAUCCUGUUCCUCGGGGACUACGUGGACCGCGGUCCACACGGUACCGAACUGAUGGCAUACCUACUGGCUGCCAAGCUACAGCGACCCGAAGCCGUGCUCAUGGUGCGCGGGAACCACGAGACACGGGACAUACAAAAGAUGUUCACCUUCUACAAUGAGUGCCUAGCCAAGUAUGGCGAAAAUGAAGGGCAGAAGGUGUGGAAUGCUAUAAACAAUGUAUUCGACGUACUCCCGCUGGCUGCUGUCAUUGACGACAAAGUAUUUUGCUGUCAUGGAGGAAUUCCUCCGCCAUGGGUGUGUCCUCUCAUAUCCGCAAUCGACAAAGUGCCCGUACCUUUAACGAGACCCGCCGAACAGAGUUCUAUUGCCUGGGAGCUACUGUGGAACGACCCUGUGAAGCCAAACAAAAUAACAGCGACCCUGCAACUAGAGCUGACCUCGAACGAAGGAUUUGCCGCCAACACAAAGCGUGGUACAGGCCACGUGUUCGACCAGACGGCGCUGGACCACUUCUUGAUGGCCAACCAGCUCUCACACGUAGUGCGAGCACAUGAGAUGCACCAGAAUGGAUUUAUGUGUCAACUUCGCGGUCGUCUUGUGUCAGUCUUCUCAUCAUUCCACUACUGCGGUGGCACCAAUGAUUCUGGUGUCGCAUUGCUGGAGGGAGGGAAACUGAGGCUCAUGCGGGUCAACACUGAUUAA